AUGUUCGGUGCCCGGGCUGGAGCAGUUCGCAACGCCUGGACUGCUACGCAGCAAGAGAACAGCGUUGUCGAUGAGGUGGAGAACCAGGAGGACAACGAUGACUGCCAGAUCGCGCCGUGUCAAACUCGCGAGAAAGCAGCAGUCAACUCUGAGCACGCACGGGAACCCACCCACCAAACCAAGAAGAAUGCGGACGAAGUCCGAGUCAACACGGGAGAGGGCGGUGACGAGCUGGAUGCCGAGGAAGGAAUGAGAAAACAUUUCGGUUCAGACCUGAUUAGGAACAGGAUCAAGUUUACUUACGAGGGAGUGGAGCAGAACACCGACGUCAUCUACAAGACCAAGGACACCCAGAACGCCGAGGAAAGAAGGACAGCGACAGCUCAGGAUAAAAUAAGGGAACUUGAGGGAGAAGACUGGAGGUGCCGAAGCACCGAUGACGAGGGAGAGAACCAGAAAGACGCCGACGACUGCCAGCUGGCUCGCCGCAAAACCAGUGGGAAUACACGACUGCGUAUUCCGAUAGCUCCAAAGACCUUGCAAACCGAGCUGGGAGAGAAAAGGGUCGAAGGGGAAGCAGUGGGCGACCACGACGCCAAGAUCGACCACUACCCGACUCAGGAAAAGAAGGGGCCCGCCGACGAGGGGGUUGAGGAGAACCGCGCCAUCAACUACCCGAUUAAGGACAAUGCAACCUUGAGAAGCGGCGACACCGAGCCCCGCUACUACUCGAUUAGGGAGAACAAGAACGUUACCGACGAGGGCGCGGAGCAGAACAUCGAUUUCUCUUACAAGCACGCUAAAAGAAGCUGCGACGCUAAGCUCGAAUAUUCGGUGAUCUUUAUGCAAAGAGUCCCCCCCGUGGAGAAGACGGCAAGAAGUCACAAUGACCACAUCAACUAG